GUUUCACUUCCAGCCUUACAUUUAUUAACUGCAUGUACAACAAAUAGCGUUAAUAACUAUUUCCCGGGUUGGAAGAAGUGGAUUAAAUGAGUUAUCCAGGAACUGGACAGGUUUCCGCUCUGGAGAAACAUCACAUGGGAUCUUCAUCUCUGGAAGGUAUGCUGUGCGGGUAUUCCGCCAGCUAGAAACUAUAUAAACAUGGGAAGGUAGAGGAUUUGACAAGAUGCCAAAUAACUCUUGCUAUCUGACGGCAACAUGGCGCUACGCUUGACGUUUGCUGCGCUUGCAGCCGUCCUACAAAUAGUCAACGGCCACUUUACUUUCGUCCGAUUGAAAGCCGAUGGAGAAUGGAAGGAACCACUGCAGUACAUCAGAAAUAAGACGUCUCCGUACGAUGAGUGGAAGUACGUCGACUCGAACUUCCUCUACCGAUACUACAACUGGCCCACCUAUUACGUUGACCGCCCAGAAUCCGUCCGAUGUGGUCGCGGCAACAUGGAUCAUGCCAAUGCCACCGAAGUUCUCAAAGUGAGGGCUGGCGACACUAUUGAGAUAGCGCAGCAUCGUGGGGACCCAAGUGAAUGGACAGAAGACGAUUUCAAGAAUUGUCCGGAUAACCGAGGCACCUGUUAUCAUAAAGAGGGAUGGAACAUGGACUUCAACCAUCCCGGUCCGCUCGUGGUGCAUCUAUCCAAAGUACCUGAAGGGCAAGACAUACACACCUACGACGGCACUGGUGACUGGGUCAAGAUCCAUUCGCGCGGAUUGGCGAACACCAAAGACAGGCCUCUCAACUGGGAGCUGUACCGCGCCGAUCCUCCUCAUCUCGAAUUCAAAAUCCCACCCCAAACACCUGCAGGCAAAUACCUCAUGCGCAUGGACGUUGUUUGGUCCGGUUUGACCAACCAAUAUAUAAAGAUCGGCGAGCCCGGUAGCCUGGCUCAGAUGUACCCGAGUUGUGCCCAUCUGGAUAUCCAGAGCGAUUCAAGGGCGCCUUUCCCAGCGGGUGUGAAGAUUCCUGACAUUUUCGCCCCGGAGGCACCUGGCAUGGUGACUUCGUCGGAAAUGGCCAAUAGAUUGCAGCUCGAUGCUAAUUAUACCUAUCCUGGAGGUCCGUUGUGGGAUGGUGAGAAAUUCAUUGAAGACAAGCCAGUUUGAAGCCGUGUCUCGCCAGGUUUGGUGCUACUUAGCGUCCCAUUUGCUUCACGUCUUUGCGUUAGUUGGCAGAUGUGAGGUACCACAACUGUCUCCAACAAGGGCACUUUUUAAGAAACAAGUAACUCUUAUC